CCGCGGAGUGCGGGCGCCGAGUGGGGGCCGCGCCAUGGCUGCUGCCCAGCCCAAGGCCCCUGUGGGGGCGGCCGCGGCCCGGCGCCUGGCCCGGGGCUGCUGGUCCGCGUUCUGGGACUACGAGACGCCCAAGGUGAUCGUGGUGAGGAACCGGCGCCUGGGGGUCGUGUACCGCACGGUGCAGCUGCUCAUCCUGCUCUACUUCGUGUGGUACGUAUUCAUCGUGCAGAAGAGUUACCAGGACAGCGAGACAGGACCCGAGAGCUCCAUCAUUACCAAGGUCAAGGGCAUCACCACCUCGGAGCACAAAGUGUGGGACGUGGAGGAGUAUGUGAAGCCCCCCGAGGGGGGCAGCAUAUUCAGCAUCAUCACCAGGAUCGAGGUCACACCCUUCCAGACCCUGGGAAUCUGCCCGGAGAGCAUAAGGGUCCACAAUGCCACCUGCCAUUCGGACAACGACUGUGUGGCUGGGGAGCUGGACAUGCUGGGCAACGGACUGCGAACUGGCAGAUGCGUACCCUAUUACCACGGGGCCUCCAAGACCUGCGAGGUGUCCGGUUGGUGCCCAGUGGAGGAUGGGGCCUCUGUCAGCCAAUUUCUGGGUACAAUGGCUCCCAAUUUCACCAUCCUCAUCAAGAACAGCAUCCACUACCCCAAAUUCCAGUUCUCCAAGGGCAACAUCGCAGGCCGCAAGGAUGACUACCUCAAACACUGCACUUUCGACUACGUCUCCGACCCUUACUGUCCCAUCUUCAAGCUGGGCUUCAUUGUGGAGCAGGCAGGGGAGAACUUCACGGAGCUUGCACACAGGGGUGGUGUCAUUGGGGCCAUCAUUAACUGGGACUGUGACCUGGACCUGUCUGCAUCGGAAUGUAACCCCAAGUACUCUUUCCGGAGGUUGGACCCCAAGCACGUUCCUGCCUCCUCAGGCUACAACUUCAGGUUUGCCAAGUAUUACAAGAUAAAUGGCACUACCACCCGCACACUCAUCAAAGCCUACGGAAUCCGCAUCGAUGUCAUUGUGCAUGGACAGGCAGGGAAGUUCAGCCUGAUUCCCACCAUCAUUAACCUGGCUACUGCUCUGACCUCCAUCGGGGUGGGAUCCUUCCUGUGCGACUGGAUCUUGCUGACAUUCAUGAACAAAAACAAGGUCUACAGUCAUAAGAAAUUCGACAAGGUGUGUACGCCACGCCGGUCCACCAGUAGCUGGCCUGUGACCCUUGCCCUUGCUUUGGGUCAGGCCCCUCCUCCACCCAGGCAYUGCUCCCAGGCCCAGCCACCCAGCCCUCUGUCAGGCCAGGAGGGCCAGCAAGGGGCCAAGCUAGGCCCGGCUGUCUGGUCCCCACGGCCUUGCCCUGUCUCUUCCCUGUCUGAGCAGAUGGUGGAUGCCCCAGAUCAGCAUGCUGGACUGCCCACCUCUAGGCUGGCUCAGCAGGACUCCAUACCUGCAGACCCCAGAGGCCUGGCCCAACUCUAGUUCCUAUCCUCACUGCUGCAGCUUGGGACCCUGCCAGAGCCUAGCUGCUUUGGCAGCACCGAGGACCCACCCGCCUCAGUAGCCAAGAGCCCAUGAAAGGACUCCAUGUAAAGGGGGCCUCACUCUUGUCCUAAGCCUGUCUCCCCACCCUUUCAGGGCCUGCCAACCCCCCUGCCAGUGGACACCCACAGGGCUUGUCACUUUCCUUCCUAUUCACCAUUCUCUCAGCCUGCUGGGACCUCAA